AUGGGGGAAAAUGGUGGAGGAAGCAAAGUAUGUAUGCAGAAGAACAAUGAGUCAAGGGAUUUUGGAGAAAGUAGUAGAAAAACCCGGCCAUGCCAGGAUUUUCGUCUCAUGAAGCACUUGAAAUAUGGACAAGGAGAAAAUGCAAGUCUUUGUGCUAUUGGGCUCGAGAAACAAGAACAAGAAAUCAGUCAUAAAAGAUCAGGUGAGGAUCUGGGAGGAACUGGUUGCAAAGAAAAGAGAAGCCGUUGUCUGCACUUGCCUGAAGUGUGCUGUUCUAGAGAUUUGGGAAAACUAAGAAAAAGAAACUUCGAGGAACAUAAUGAACCUCAUUGCUCAACAGUGUCCCCUCCCAACUACCCGAUUGAAGGUACUGUUAGAGGGAAAAAGCUGAAGCUGAAAAUGGAGCUUAAAACUCGUGAUUUGAGUAGAAGAACAGCUGUUCUGCCUCUUGGAAAUGUUUCACUAAAUUUGAGUGAUGAUUUUGAAGACCAGAGUGUAGACGAAUUCAAAAUGAAAACAGUGGAUUCUUUGGGGUUUGGAGCCGGUGAGAUACAUAACCGCAAUGGAAUGGAAACAGAGUUGAUAGAUGUGCAUUUGACUGUUCAAGCAAGUUAUCAAGCAGAGCACGUCCCAUUUGUCUGUUUAGUGAGUAAACUAAACAGGAAGGCAAUCCUGGGGCAUCCAGUCGAAAUAGAAGAGAUAGCUGACAGUUCUCGAACUUGUCCUAGAUUUCACCGACUUGUUUGGAAAACUUCCAAAAGGAGUCCUGUAAUCUAUGUCACAAAUUCCUGUGCUUCUUCUACUGCCGUGGACAAUCAGGCUUUACGAGACGCCCUUAGGGAAAAUGUUCUUGCCGGUGACCCGAAGUUUCUAAAGAAACCAGGCCAAUUCAAGCAAGGCACAGUGCCGCUAAGGAGAACUUGUGUUCCGGUGAAGCAUAUAUUCAUCCUUACAUCAACGGCGUCGCCGCCACCAUCAUCCAAUCCAUGCACCGGUGAAGCCUUCUUCACUUUUUAUAACAUGGCCGGCGGCUUUGGCUCCUCCGAAGCUCUGAUGUUCCUAAAUAUAAGAAUUACCAUCCCAACAAUUCCAGCUCAAAAUACAGUUCCAAAUGCUUUGCCAAUAUUUCCAAGCACCAUGCCACCAUCGUCGCCAAUGUAA